GGAGCGUUGAACCAGGAACCGGUGCAGUGGAACCACGACCGUCAUUCCACGAUACACCACCGACAGGUACACCUGAGUCCAAAAAAAAAAGACAGUACGGAAUCGUUGUGUGUAAACUAUUAUUUUGUCCGUGAAGAUGCGUAGAUAGCAACGGACACGUAAUUCGUCGCAUGCAAUAUCGCGGAGGCUACAACCAGGACAAGUAAUCGCGUGGAUCCACGCGAUCGAUCGAUAGUGAAUCAAAAUGAACAGUUCGUGACCUGUUGCUUCAGAAGAUAACAUGGAGAAAGUGAAAGAAAAUGGACAGAUUGAUAAGGAGCACAAAAGUACAAAGAGUACGCUCUGGGCUUAUUUCUUCUGGUUGUUCGGCGGACUCUUCGGAGCGCAUCAUGUGUACCUUGGCAGAGACGAUCAGGCUUUCGUGUACAUCAGCACAUUCGGUGGUUACGUGGGGUGCGGUUUCCUUAGGGACAUUUACAGGAUACCCGCCUACGUGGCGGAUGCGAAUGACGAUCCGGCGUUUAUCGAGGAUUUUAAGCGCAAAGUCAGGGCCAAUCGAAAGCCGCCGUUUUCCGGCGUGCGAUUCGCGGCAGAAACCGCGGUCGCCUACUUAUGGGCCGAGCUGUUCAACAGCGCGAUCCCGCAGGAAGAGAUUUACGGUAUUAAUUUCAGGCAUUUGCUGAUCCUAAUACCGGCCGUGGUUGCGCUAGGUGUAUGGGUAGUCGGAAAUAUUGGCCGAGAGCAAGGUUCAAUAUGGGCAGCGCUUGUCACAGCGUAUCUAUUUUAUCCGACCUUGUAUUACAUCGGCGACGACACUAUGUGGAUCUUUCUCAUGGUGGUUAUCUCAAGCCUGGCCUUCGAUUCCUUCAGCAAGCAAUGGCGGCUGAAACCGAGAAAGAAAAGAAGCUUCAUCCGGCGAAUGACGUACUUAAGUUUAGCAGUCAUGGUCUUGUUCGCCGUGAUCGGCAGCUACUUAUACUUCAACGCGAUUAUCACAGAUAGCGAAGGAGAGGAAAUCAAGCUGUCCGAGGCGGUGCAACAUUUCCUCACCUCGCCUAUCUGGACGGAAUUCAAGGCAAGUCUAGAGGCCACGUGGAACCAAGCGAGGCACCAAGGUUUUUGGGCAACGUGGGCGCAACUGGUGGACCUCACGGAUCCUCGAGGAGAGAUUAACGCUUACAAAGUCCUGGGUCUCUCGCAAACCGCUUCGCAGAAUGAAGUCACGGCGCGAUGGAGAACUUUGUCCAGGGACAAUCAUCCUGACAAGAUUAAAGGUACGGAGGAGGAAAGACAUAGGGCUCAGGAAAAGUUCAUGGAGAUUCAACAGGCGUAUGAGAUCUUGUCUCAGGCCAAGAAUCGGCGGAACCGACGGAACCGUCGUUCCGAGGAUGCCUAAGUCGCGCGCACUUUUGUUUCGUGGGAUCAAUAAAGAACAAUAGAAUCAACAAAAUAAUUCUCCAAUUAUACGCAGAUCUCAACCGUCCAUAAUCAAAAGA